GGAGCAAUGCCCUGGGAUCUGGAAGAAGAAGUUAAACAGGAGUCUGCAUUUGACCCUGGAAGUGGCUGAGUCAGGAUUCAUUGGUCAGACGAGGCCCCCAAAGGAAAGUUAGCUGUGCCAGUGCAAAGAGAUGAUCGGAAGGUAGCAAUGGCGACAUUUGGCAGCUCUUUUCAGUAUGUGCAGCGAUAAUGGUAAAGUUAACGGUGUAUUCUCCGGGAACAGAGAAUUUUGGAGAUAGUCGAGGGUGAAAGAUGGCCCUUCCUGACACAUCCCAAUAGUGCUUGUUAUUUCUUCCUGAAAACCCCCUUUCUCUGAGGAGAUACUUCUCUUCCCAGGCACCAAGGAUAGCCAGCUUCCUCCUCUGUCUGCAGGCACGGGCCACCCCCUGCCUUGACUACACAGCUUCUGUCUCAGCUUCCAAAGUGCUCUUCUCAUGACUGCGUGUUCCUCUCAUGCCUCUUCUCGUGACUGCGUGUUCCUCUUCUCGUGACUGCGUGUUCCUCUUCUCAUGACUGCAUGUUCCUCUUCUUGUGACUGCGUGUUCCUCUUCUCAUGACUGCAUGUUCCUCUUCUCAUGACUGCGUGUUCCUCUUCUCAUGACUGCAUGUUCCUCUUCUCAUAACUGUGUGUUCCUCUUCUCGUGACUGCGUGUUCCUCUUCUCGUGACUGCGUGUUCCUCUUGAAGGCUCCUCCCCUUGGGCGUCUGGGGUGCCCAGAAGCUCUGAUGCAUGACGGGCGCCCCCACGUAGAUGCUCUGCCCUAACAAGCCACAUUGGAUUGGGGUACCUGCAAAGCCUGCCACCUGCUGGUGAGUUUGGGGAUGGUGUCGGCCCCAAGCCCGUGGCCGAGUGGGCAGAUGAGCGGGAUUCCUCCCAGUGGCCUGUACAAGGCAACGGAGGCCGGGGAUCUCCGCCACACCUGACUUUAGUCCCUUCGUGAGCCCGACAAGACAAAGGCCAGACCCGCCUCUGGGAGCGAAGAGGACGGCCCGACGCUGCCCCGGGAUCUUUCCACCGCGGCCCAGUUGGCAUCUUUCCCACUUCAGUGCACGUUGGUCACUCCGGCGUGGGAGGCUCCUUUCCACUGACGGUCGUUCCCUCUCCAGAGCGUAGUUGUAGCCCUGCUCCCUGCCACACGGGCACUUUAUAACACCAGGAAGAUGAUGCUAAACAGCCAGACUAACUUCCGGCCUGCUCAGGUGGGGCCAGUCCAGGAGCCUAAGGAAGAUGUAAAAGGGCAGCCGCUGCUUUGUCAUGUGAUCUGGAUUCAGAGGAUCAUUGCUGUCUUCUCAGGCUCCCGCCUACCACCUCAUCUUGGAAGGGAUUCUCAUCCUCUGGAUCAUCCGACUCCUUUUCUCCAAGACGUACAAAUUGCAGGAACGAUCCGACCUCACAGCCAAGGAAAAGGAAGAAUUAAUUGAAGAGUGGCAGCCAGAACCCCUUGUUCCUCCUGUUUCGAAAGACCAUCCUGCUCUUAACUACAACAUUGUUUCAGGUCCUCCAGGCCACAGAAUCGUGGUGAAUGGGAAGGAGUGUGUCAACUUCGCCUCCUUUAACUUCCUGGGACUCCUGGACAACGCUAGGAUAAAGGAGGCAGCCCUGGCGUCUCUGAGGAAGUACGGUGUGGGGACGUGCGGACCCAGAGGAUUUUACGGCACCUUCGACGUCCACUUGGAACUGGAAGAGCGUCUGGCAAAGUUCAUGAAGACCGAGGAAGCGAUUAUUUACUCGUACGGGUUUGCCACCAUGGCCAGCGCUAUUCCUGCUUACUCCAAAAGGGGCGACAUCGUGUUUGUAGAUAAAGCUGCCUGUUUUGCUAUCCAGAAGGGAUUACAAGCAUCUCGUAGUGACAUUAAAUUAUUUGAGCAUAACGACAUGGAACACCUGGAGUGCCUACUAAAAGAACAAGAGAUUGAAGACCAAAAGAAUCCUCGUAAAGCCCGCGUGACGCGAAGGUUCAUCGUGGUGGAAGGCUUGUACAUGAACACGGGAUCUGUGUGUCCACUGCCAGAGCUGGUGAAGCUGAAAUAUAAGUACAAAGCAAGAAUUUUCCUGGAGGAGAGCCUCUCCUUUGGAGUUCUAGGCGAGCACGGCCGAGGAGUCACCGAGCAUUUUGGCAUCAACAUUGAUGACAUCGAUCUUAUCAGUGCUAACAUGGAGAAUUCACUUGCUUCUAUUGGGGGAUUUUGCUGUGGCAGAACUUUUGUAAUUGACCACCAGCGACUUUCUGGUCAAGGAUACUGCUUUUCAGCCUCUCUACCUCCCUUAUUAGCUGCAGCUGCGAUUGAGGCCCUCAACAUCAUGGAAGAGAAUCCAGAUAUUUUUCAGGUGUUGAAAAUGAAGUGCAGACAAAUUCAUAAAGCCUUACAAGGCACGCAGGGAUUGCGAGUGGUGGGCGAGGCGUUUUCCCCGGCCUUUCACCUACAGCUCGAGGAGAGCUCAGGAUCGCGAGAGAAGGACAUCCAGCUGCUCCAGAGGAUAGUCGAUCAAUGCAUGAACAGGAACAUCGCACUCACCCAGGCGCGCUACUUGGAGCGAGAAGAGAAAAGCCUCCCUCCUCCUAGCAUCAGAAUCGUGGUGACGGUGGAACAGACGGACGAAGAACUCGCCCAGGCUGCCUCUACGAUCAAGGAAGCUGCCCAGGCCGUCCUGCACUAGAGCCCACCCGCGCACACAGCCUCUCUGUCCGUCCACAGCGUGGGCUACUUCCGGCACGUCAGCCUGCUGGGGGAUCCUUUGAGAAAUAGACUCGCCGCUCUUUCCAGAGGUCCAGAGCCUGAGGCAGGAGGACUGACUCCACCCCCACGUGUGCAUGCAGUGAGCAGCAGGAGCGGAGCGGCCCGAGAACAACUCGAGACGAGCAGCGUGUGAACGUCCCGGUUAUGCCCUCGAAGUGAGGGUGUCCCUCAGACCAGGCUUCCCAGCGUUCUUUUCCAUUGGAAACGGAAGGGAAAGUUCUGGAGGCCCCCCCGAGUCCCUCAGAUGCCGUACAAGCCCGACUGUGAGACGUGGAAGCCGUCUGGCGUGCACCAAACUCGCCGUGAAUAUGUGUUUCAGCUCCACUUGUCAUGAUGGGCUCCAAACCUGUGUGUCACACACUAAACUGCACUGGUGUUUGAGCGUCUCCAGGAGGGAGCCUCUUCCUGCCCCGUCCGCGUUGUUUAUGCUUGCUUUCGAAGGGGAGAAUCAUUUCAGACCCGCUUCUGUAAGGUAGCUUUACAUGGAUCAUGCGUUGUCUUCUGACCUCUUUGGGGUAAAAGGUUCGUUUUGAUUGUUCAGGAAUUUAAAUUAUGGCCUUUAUAUGUUUUAGGGUAUUUUAUAUGCAUUUUUGGGUACAGCGAGUUCCUAUAGAUUUUCCAUCCUAAGGAAACACAAGAUUGUUUUCCCUGCCGCUUUAUGAUAUCUAAGCUCCAUUGUAAUUGUUUCCCCUUUGACAAAACACAAACAGUUCUAUCAUUGUUUGCAGUAAAUGCAAAUAAUGUGUAAACGUGCUGAUCAUUGCCUCCCUCAUGGUGGGAAUGAGUAAAAGUAUAGCCAUUGGUCACUCUGAUAACUCGCUAUCUUGAUAUGUGGAUGAUAAUAUUGUUUAUGUCAAAUUAGAUGGAAAAAGGCCUUGGGUUUUUCAUGAGAUGUUUCCGUGGUGGUUGCUGCUUCAAUUAUAAUACUCUAGUGGGGAUGAACCUUUUAAAAAAUGAAAUUAAACAUUUUCCUAAUGUAAUUUUCCUAAACUUCAGAAAAAGACUUUUUGGUUUAUUGUUGUUGCUUCUGUGUCCGGUUCUCCAGGCAACUUCUUUUUAUCACAGUCACCAGAAAAAAUUGUUAUGAUGAGAUCCUGCCUGCUUUAAAGCUGGAUCACAAUUAGCUUUAAGUAGACUAACUUGGUCACUAUCGUGCUGCUUACACAUUUUGUUAUUAUGAAAUAAGAGCACUGGGUUCUGCUUCUGUGACAUUUUUCAUGGUUUGUGAAGCUCUUUGAGAUCUGCUGAUAAAGGCUUAUAAAGACGUUCAUUAUCUAAAAUCCAAACUGGAAGGCUGAAUGUUAGGAUUUAUAGAUUGUCUUAGCCUGAUUUAAGCAAUAUCAUACUUACAUUUGAUGUGUUUUGAAAAUUAUUACUUACUCUAGGAUAGAUUUUAAAUACUUCACUAAUUUUUGAAUCAUUUUCAGAUGUGUUUGGGUUAUUAUCGAUAGGCCAUCAUCUUUUAGAAACCCGAAGGAAAAUAUGGAAAAAAUCUUACCAUCAAAUUGACUGUAGCCUAUUAAUUUUUACCUAUGAUUGGAGUUUGCUGUGACCACACAUUGUCUUCUCCUCUCUUCUUUUCUGACAACUCCUAUUCUGAGGAAUUUUCUCGUAUCUCUUUGAAAGCUGCUUACAUUCCUUUAGGAGAAUCUCCUUUAUUAAAUCAUCGACUUUCUGACAUUACAAAGCUUUAAUUGAUAACUAUCCUUUCUAGAAAUGUUAAAUAAUUACAACCACUCGUAAAUAUUAGAGAAAACAUAAAGGUGAAAAGAAAGAACACUCCUUGCACUCGGAGACUAACUCUUCUUGAUCUUUCUGUCUUUAUCCUAAAAGAUUACACUGUAAGGGGCAAACUUAUGGUCGGACCAAAUAUAUUUUUAGUUGGUUGCCAGGAUUUAAAUUCUAAAUCCCAAUGAAAUAUUCAAGUCAGAAUGGAAUUUUAUGGUGGUUUAUUUACAACAGAGUGAAGAUAUUAAGGAAGAAAGAAAGAGAGGAAAAAGAGAGAUACCAGGCAGGAGUUCAGAUGCCCCAGCCAAGGGGAGGGCAGAGGAUUAAAUCUAGCACAGCUUCCAGCCAUGAGUCCUCCUCCAAGAUGAGGGGCCUCCUCGGAGGCUGGCACCUCCAGAAAGCCAAGGGAAAGAGAGUCCCAAGAGAUGGGCCUUUCCAGAGGCUGGUGCCUCCAGAAAAGCCAAGGAAAGGGGAGUCAACCUUACACUCAACAUGUGGCAGUCUAAGGGAAGCAGCCUGAGGUCUCACACUCGAGUUCCUCCACUGUCACGUUCCACCGCCAAGUCCCUCUCACAGGAAAUGACACGAAAUAUAAAGGCAAUUAUUUACGUCACUUCCUGUGUCUCACAUGCACCAAUGGUGGCUUAAACUUGGCUUUGAGUGGCCCAAGGGGUCAGCCAGUUGUUUCUGAUUUGUCACUUGCUAGCACAUGUGGGUCAUAGACCUUCCUCCUCCACACUCAAUCCUUAAGUGGGGGUGUAGACAUUGCUGGUUGCUAGAAUUCUAAAGACUAAGCAGGGUGGAGUCAAUCUAAAAUUCACAACAGCAGCCCUGAAACUCACAAACUCACACCUUGGAAAUAUCCUGUGCCAUGGAGAUGAUUGGAAGAUGAAGAAUUCCUUUCAGAAACUCAAUUUAAGGAGAUCAACCAAGCCAGCCAAUUCUUUCAUUUUUCAGUAGGCUGCCACAUUCAUCUGUACAUCUCCAUCUUGACCAGGGAAUAAUGAUCCCCAUUUUCAGCUUCCUUUAAGGUACUACCUGACCCAUUAGAAUGUCAAGUCUUUGAAGGCAGAGACUGUCCUUUUUGGUUAUCUGCUACUAUUUUCCAGCACUAGAUAGAAUGGUUUUGCCUCUUUUCCCAAAAGGCAGGAAAGAAUAAGUCAAGGGACUGGGAGACAAUGGCCUGUAUGGGAAGGGACACUGAAUACAUGCCAAGCCAGGGGUCAGGAAGGCCCAUCUUCAUGAAUUCAAAUUUGGCUUCAAACAUUUAUUAACUGUGUGACCCUGGGCAAGUCACAAAAUGAACAGAAGGAAAUGGCAAACUACUCCAACAUUUUUGUCAAGAAAACCUCAAAUUGGGUCAUGAAGAGUCAGACACGACUGAAAUGACUGAAAGACAAAAAUGUGGGAAGGAAUCGUCCAGACUAUUUUAGGGCAAAGAAGGCCCACCAGUUCACCUGUGUGAUCUCCCCACGGUGUAUGGAACUUGGAGGCAGCAGACUUCAAGGCUCCAUCAUCUGUACCAUGGGAGGCAUUUUUAACAAGACAUCCAAUCAGGAGUGUGCCCAAUGGCAGUCUGUCCUUAUCGGGUAAGUCAUUUUGGAGUCACCGUGUGCCUCUAGAACAAAUGGACUUUUCUUCAGUUUCGGUUCUUAAAAUGAUGCAUGAGAUCAUCAGUUGGACCCAGAGAUCUUUGCAAGACGCACGUGCAGAAGGAGCUCCUCCUGUUUCAAAUUGGAAUGGCCACCCACUCAAGCGAGCAAAUAGGCGUCGGGCACAAACGUUUUUACUCCCCGUCACUCGAUAUUGGAGUUCCCCCGAAGGUGGCAUCAGGGCAGAGGCACGCUGAUGAAGCUGGGGAUUCUCUUACCCUGACCCACAGUCUUGUGUGUGAAUUAAGAGGACACUCCAUUUGGCAUAGUGACUGUCCCGUCCUUUGUUAGGGGGCCACGUGGCCUCAUGCACAGUCCAGGAUGGUAUCGGAGACCCACCUCCAUGCUUGUCAUGGACUCUCCAGCAUCCGUCCCUUUAUAAAGGCCUUCAUCUUGAGCGAGGAGUCAGCAAACUAUGAUUUGACUCCAUAGCCAAAUUCCGUCCACUGCCUGAUUGAAGUCGACACGCAAUAAAAUAGUAUUUGAAGGCGUGAAAACGGCUCUUGUUCAAAGCCUGCCCAGACACAGGAAGCAGCUUUCAGGGUGUAGAUUGUCAACUCGAUCAGUCAAGUUUUGGAAGAGUUGCCGGCCUUUUAGGGGAAAUAGAAAACCAGCGUAGCCUGGGCGACGCACCAAGGUAGGCUGAUGUGUGCCGAGCCUGUCAUGGAGGAUUGCGUGAUUGGUCCGUGCUCACAUCUUGCACUCUCACUGUCAGGUCAUCCGAGCUUUGUGAAGAACAAAAGCCUUUUUUACAAGCCUGGAUAGGCCAGCAAGGAUGGUGAAACGAUGAAAACGUUGCUCUGCAUGGAGAGACUGUUGUAUAGGACCCUUUUAGUCCUGGUCCAUUGUACUUUCUCAGGACGCCUCGAGGAAUGCUUAUGAUACUUUUGUUCUUAAAAUGAUUCAUCACCGCAUCAGGUGAGCCCAGCAGACAGGAGCUACGCACAAAAGAAUUGCCCCUCGUGGCCCAAAAAACCCCCUCGACAUUGUAAUCCUGGGUUGUGUGUGAUUGUCAGUAACUUCUGGCCCUUUUGCUCCAGGAAGUGUGGUACGGAAGAGGAGGUGGGUUCAAAACUGGCGCAGCUAAUGUGCUCCUCCGGUAUUUGUUACUGUCAUUACUUAGUGUGUUACUAAACCUGCGCUUUCCAUUGUUACAGCUUUUAACAUUUUGAUUUAACCCAAUAAAAUGCUGUUUUGGCGACUGCUCUGAAACAUACUGUAAA